AUGAGCUACCAUACGAGUAACUACUCAGAGAUGAACGCCAGCGUCGAUUUAAACUCUAGUUUCAACCUCAAUGCGACCCUCAUUGGUUUGGCCAACGGCGACAAUGCCACCCUCAACAUCUCGGAGGGUAUCAUCCCCUACAACCAAAGACCCGAGACGUACAUCGUUCCCGUGCUGUUCUUUUUGAUAUUCGUGGUGGGGGUGCUGGGCAACGGGACGCUGGUGGUGAUUUUCUUGAGGCACAGGACCAUGAGGAACGUACCUAACACAUACAUCUUAUCUUUAGCUCUAGCCGACCUGCUGGUAAUAGUGACCAGCGUGCCCUUUACCUCCGUCGUCUACACGGUGGAGUCAUGGCCCUGGGGAGAGCUCAUAUGUAAGCUCUCUGAAACCGCCAAGGACAUCUCCGUCGGAGUGUCCGUCUUCACCCUCACGGCCCUAUCGGCUGAUAGAUUUUUCGCCAUUGUGGACCCGUUGAAGAAAUUUCACACAGGCAGUGGAGGACGUCGAGCAACGAGAAUCACCCUCUGCAUCGCCAUCUACAUAUGGAUCCUGGCCAUCAUAUGCGCCAUACCCGCGGCCGUUGGAUCGCACAUAAAAGGCGUACCGGCAGAGAGCCCCCUGUUUUUCGUGUGCUACCCCUUCCCAGAACACUGGCUUAACCACCGGUACCCCCAAGUGAUGGUACUGAGUAAAUUUCUAGUGCUUUACAUCAUACCCCUGGUUAUUAUCGGUGUGUUUUACCUCAGCAUGGCGGUGUAUCUCAUCAUGAGUACCAGGAAUGUUCCCGGGGAGAUGCAGGGGAUGCAGCGGCAGAUAAAGGCAAGGAAGAAAGUGGCCAUCACCGUCCUCAUAUUCGUGGCAGUGUUCGCCAUCUGCUUUGCCCCCAUGCACACCUUCAUGCUCUUCUUCUAUUUCCACCCGCAGUCCCAAGAGUUGUACAACGCUUUCUGGCACUACCUACGGAUAGUGGGCUUCUGUCUCGCGUAUAUCAACUCGUGUGCGAAUCCCGUGGCACUGUACUUCCUCAGCGGGGCUUUCAGGAAGCACUUCAACAGAUACCUGCUCUGCAUCAAGCCAAAGAGGUCCCGCUGCAACACUUGCCAAGCCCAGCACGCCACGUCCAUGUCCCUGGUAUCCAUGAAGCGCAACCAGUCGACGAUAAGCCGCAAGAGUCGAAACGUCGCCAUCAACCGCCGCCUGGAUCCCGCCGUCGCCCAGGAGACGUCAGUCACCCUCCUCGGCAACGGCAGCGACCACGUCUGCAGCAAGAUUUGA